AUGUGGGAGGAGACGACGGAACCUCUUCUGGUGCAUACUCUGCGGGCUCAUCGCGGAGAAGUGUCAUGCGCGGAUGUGAGCGGCGGGUUGUUGGCCACCGGCGGCGGCGACUGCGCUCUGCGGCUGUGGCGCUGGCAACCCGGCGCGGGCUGGGCGGAGGCGGGCGGCGCUGUGCGCGCGCACCGCUACGGCGUGACGGCGGCGCGCUGGGCGGCGAGCGGCGCGCUGCUGGCCAGCGCGGGCGUGGAUGGCGCGGCGCGCGUGUGGUCGCGCGCGCUGGUGCCGCGCCGCGAGCUGGCCGCGCCCGCCGCAGCCGCCGCGCGCGCUCUUACUUGGGCCGCCUCGCGACUGCUGGUAGGAUAUGAUGACGGAGUACUAUGCAUAUGGGCGGUGCGGCGCGGCACGCUGCUGGUACGCCUGGUGCCGUGCGACGGCGCGCUGCACGCGCUGACCACGCUCGCCCGGGGCGCGUUAUUGAUUGUCGCCUGCACGAGUGGCACGCUUAAAGUUUAUGACAUGAACGAAGUAUGUGCUAGCGACGAGUCUGUGCGUGAAGUGCUAACGCCGCUGCUGUGGGAAGAUGGCGCGCAUGAUCUUGGCGCGCUCUGCGCUGCGGCCAACGACGUGGGAGACGUGGCCGCCACAGGGGGGCACGACGCUCGCGUGCGGUUGUGGUGCGUGACGGGCGAAGCGAGAGAGAGACGCGUGCACGCCGGUGCAGUGCUGUGUGGGCACACCGCGGCGGUGACGUCACUGCACUGGGCCCGCGGUGGCUCUCUCGUCAGCGCGUCACUUGACCGCACCGCUCGUCUUUGGGCGCCGCGUACACUCACCUGUCUCCGUGUCUUACAUGCACAUGCACGCUACCUUACAUGCGCCGUACUGUCGCCGGACUUACGUUUUUUACUUACGGGUUCAAACGACCGAACGGUGCGCACUUGGUCCUUGGGUGACUUCAAACUCGAAGACGACAUCGAGCCUCCGUGCUCCGUUCUAACCCAUUUUGGUUUAGGUGAUCUUGAGGGCAUCGAACCGGUAAACGAUGAAGCCCAAUACGAUGAAAGCGCUAAUGCUUUGGGAGACGACGUAGGCUUCAACGAGGCGGAACGAUUGUGGAUUUCCAAAGACGUACAUGUGGGCGCAAUUAACUCUAUCGCUACUUACAAAGACAUCGUUGUAACAGCUUGUAGCGAUGGUGCUGUGCGAAUAUUCCGUUGGAGCGAGCAGCUUCAAACGUUACUAUGUGAGAGGGAGUUGGCAGCUCACCGCUACCCUGCAAUGUCGGUAGACCUCGGGGCCGGUGGCGCCAUGCUGCUUAGCGCGGGUCUGGAUGGGCGCGCGCGCCUCUGGGACGUUCAGUCAGGCUUGGAGCUGCUGUCGCUGUCGGGCGAGAGCGUGUCCGGCGGCGAGGCGGGCGGCGGCGGCGUGCGCUGCGCGCGCGUGUCGCCGCACCGCCCUCCGCUCUUGCUUCUUGCCACAGAUGACGGCGCGCUCGCACUCUGGAGACUCGACCAACACAGCUCCGAGCCAAUCCACGUGUACGAGGCAUUCGAUUGUGCGGCGACGUGCUGCGCGUGGGCGGGCGACGGGCGCGUGUGCGCGGCGGGCGCGGCGGGCGGCGAGCUGCGCGCGCUGGCGCCGCCGCCCGCCCACGCGCCGCUGCACGCCCAGCGCGACGCGCACGACCUCGGAGUGCUAAGCUGCGAUUUCGUGCAGAAAGAAAAUUGGAAUGAAUCUAACACAUACACGUUAGCAUCAGCUGGUCGAGAUGCGUUAGUAAAAAUAUGGAAGAUCCAACUCGAGGAUGACUCGUGUGGAGGAACAAGUGCCACUAUGUGCUUACUCUGUUGCCUAGAAGCUCAUGGCGCUGCUGUUGAGAGUGUUAGGUUUGGAGUGGGCGACGAUGGAUCAGUGCGACUUGCUACUAGUGGCGCGGAUGGAUGGGCGCGAGUUUGGCGCCUGGCUUCUGAUGGUCGAACAGAAGCUCUAGCGGCCGUGCCAGUUGGCGGUGCCACAGGGGCCACGGCAGCUGCGCUGCUCGGCACUUCCGUGCUGGUUGCCGGCAUCUUGACCGGUGAGCUGACCUUGUGGCGGCUACCGGUGACCAACGAAGAUGGCAAAGAACUGACAGAUGACGAAGGAGACGAUGGCGUGGAACCACGCUACUGGGGUAUUGCUGGUGUUGCGAAGUGGCUGCGAGAAUAUAUCACACGUAUUCCUGGUGCCGAAGUGAGCAUUGACACGGAGACGACGCUGGUGCAACGAGCACGCGAUUCCGGGCUCACAGGUGCGCGGCUGCUGGACGAUCCUGUCGACGAACUGAUUCGCUUACUUCUACCAUCAUUUAAAUUUACUGAAAAUUUGGAGAAGUACACAAAUUUAGAGGAUCAAGGUGAAAUUGAAGAAGAUAAUAAGUUGGAAGCAGAAUUUGAAAAAAGCCUGGAUGUGUCAGACAUUGGUUCGGAAGUAGAAGAAAAUAAACAACUGCGCAAGCGACUUGAAGAUGAGCUUCAAUGGUUGCGACGAGAGCCUCCCGACCCUAAGCUUGAGACAAGCGCGCCGCACGCGCUGCGCUGCGCGAUGACGCACGCGCUGCUGCGCGAGCCCGCGCGCGCCGCCGACGGGUUCUCCUACGAGCGGGCCAACGUACUCGACUACUUCUUCGCUGCUGAUGGCGCUGUAUCACCGUUGACGGGACGUCGCUUGCGGAGCGCGCGCGUCGUUCCCAACCUCGGCUUGCGCCGAACGCUGCGCGAGUUCCUCGACUCUGCUUCGAACCAAUAG